UCAGCCACGAAUGAUGAAGCUGUCCAUAGCUGAGAUGCUUCACAGAGGGAGGAUGCUGUGGAUAAUUCUUCUAAGCACAAUUGCUCUAGGAUGGACUACCCCAAUACCCCUGAUUGAGGACUCAGAGGAAAUAGAUGAGCCCUGUUUUGAUCCAUGCUACUGUGAAGUUAAAGAAAGCCUCUUCCACAUACAUUGUGACAGCAAAGGAUUUACAAACAUUAGUCAGAUUACUGAGUUCUGGUCAAGACCUUUUAAACUGUACCUUCAGAGGAAUUCAAUGAGAAAAUUGUACACCAAUAGUUUUCUUCAUUUAAAUAAUGCUGUGUCCAUUAACCUUGGGAACAACGCAUUGCAGGACAUUCAAACUGGCGCUUUUAAUGGUCUUAAGAUUUUAAAGAGACUAUAUCUCCAUGAGAAUAAAUUAGAUGUCUUCAGAAAUGACACCUUUCUUGGUUUAGAAAGUCUGGAAUACCUGCAGGCAGACUACAAUGUCAUUAAACGUAUAGAGAGUGGGGCAUUUCGGAACCUAAGUAAAUUGAGGGUUUUAAUUUUAAAUGAUAAUCUCAUUCCUGUACUUCCAACCAAUUUAUUUAAGGCUGUUUCUUUAACCCAUCUGGACCUACGUGGAAACAGGUUAAAGGUUCUCUUCUACCGUGGAAUGCUAGAUCACAUUGGCAGAAGUCUGAUGGAGCUCCAGCUGGAAGAGAACCCUUGGAACUGCACCUGUGAGAUCGUGCAGCUGAAGAGUUGGCUGGAACGAAUUCCUUACACAGCCCUGGUGGGAGACAUCACCUGUGAGACACCUUUCCAUUUCCAUGGAAAGGAUCUUCGUGAAAUCAAGAAGACAGAACUCUGUCCUUUGUUGUCAGAUUCUGAGGUGGAGGCCAGUCUGGGAAUUCCCCACUUAUCAUCAAGCAAGGAGAAUGCCUGGCCAACUAAACCUUCCUCAAUGUUGUCCUCUGUCCAUUUUACAGCAUCUUCUGUUGAAUAUAAGUCCUCUAAUAAGCAACCAAAACCCACCAAACAGCCCCGAACACCCAGACCACCAUCUACGUCCCAGGCUUUAUAUCCUGGUCCAAAUCAACCUCCCAUUGCCCCCUAUCAGACCAGACCACCCAUUCCCAUUAUAUGUCCUACUGGGUGUACAUGUAAUUUGCAUAUCAAUGACCUUGGCUUGACUGUCAACUGCAAAGAACGAGGAUUUAACAACAUCUCUGAACUCCUUCCAAGGCCCUUGAAUGCUAAGAAGCUCUACCUGAGCAGCAAUCUGAUUCAGAAGAUAUACCGCUCUGAUUUUUGGAAUUUUUCUUCUUUGGAUCUCUUGCACCUGGGGAACAAUCGAAUUUCUUAUGUCCAGGAUGGUGCUUUCAUCAACCUGCCCAACCUGAAGAGUCUCUUUCUCAAUGGCAACGAUAUCGAAAAGCUGACACCAGGUAUGUUCCGAGGUCUACAGAGCUUGCAUUACUUGUACUUCGAAUUCAAUGUCAUCCGGGAAAUCCAACCUGCAGCCUUCAGCCUCAUGCCCAACUUGAAGCUGCUAUUUCUCAACAAUAACUUGCUGAGGACCCUGCCAACUGAUGCCUUUGCAGGUACAUCCCUGGCUCGGCUCAACUUGAGGAAGAACUACUUCCUCUACCUGCCAGUAGCUGGCGUCCUUGAACACUUGAAUGCCAUUGUGCAGAUAGAUCUCAAUGAGAAUCCCUGGGACUGCACUUGUGACCUGGUCCCCUUUAAGCAGUGGAUCGAAACCAUCAGCUCAGUCAGUGUGGUAGGUGAUGUACUCUGUAGGACCCCUGAGAACCUCACCCACCGUGAUGUGCGCACUAUUGAGCUGGAAGUUUUAUGCCCAGAGAUGCUGCAUAUUGCACCACCUGGACCAUCCCCACCACAGCCUGGAGAUUACCACCCUAACGGGGGACCAACAAAUGCAUCACCUUAUGAGUUCUCUCCUCCCGGGGGCCCUGUGCCACUUUCCGUGUUGAUUCUCAGCCUGCUGGUACUGUUCUUCUCAGCUGUCUUUGUUGCUGCAGGCCUCUUUGCCUAUGUGCUCCGGCGGCGUAGGAAGAAGCUGCCCUUUAGAAGCAAGCGGCAGGAAGGUGUGGACCUUACAGGAAUCCAGAUGCAAUGUCACCGACUGUUUGAGGACAGUGGGGGCAAUGGUGGUGGGAGUGGAGGUGGAGGUCGACCGACUCUGUCCUCUCCAGAGAAAGCACCUCCCGUGGGUCAUGUAUACGAGUACAUCCCCCACCCAGUUACCCAGAUGUGUAACAACCCCAUUUACAAGCCUCGAGAGGAGGAAGAAGUGGCUGCCUCAGCAACCCAGGAGACAGGAGCCGCAGAACGUGGAUGUCCUGGGACACAGCCUCCAGGAAUGGGUGAGGGGCUCUUAGGAAGUGAGCAGUUUGCAGAAACACCCAAGGAGAACCACAGUAACUAUCGGACCUUGCUGGAAAAAGAAAAGGAGUGGGCCCUGGCGGUUUCCAACUCCCAGCUCAACACCAUUGUGACGGUGAACCAUCACCACCCUCACCCUCACCACUCGACAAUUGGUGGGGUUUCAGGGGUAGGUGGAGGGACUGGGGCAGACUUGGCUGGGUUCCGCCACCAUGAAAAGAAUGGUGGGGUGGUGCUGUUUCCCCCUGGGGGAGGUUGUGGUGGUGGCAGUAUGCUGCUAGACCGUGAGAGGCCACAGCCUGCUCCAUGCACAGUGGGAUUUGUGGACUGUCUCUAUGGCACAGUGCCCAAAUUAAAGGAACUACAUGUCCACCCCCCUGGCAUGCACUAUCCAGACUUGCAGCAGGACGCCAGGCUCAAAGAAACCCUUCUCUUCUCAGCUGGAAAGGGCUUCACAGACCACCAAACCCCCAAAAGUGAUUACCUCGAUUUAAGGGCCAAACUUCAAACUAAGCCGGAUUACCUCGAAGUUCUGGAGAAGACAGCAUACAGGUUCUAACAGAAGAAAGAGAAUAAAUUAGUGGCUUUGUUUUGAUUUUUCAAAGGAAAAGGAAAAAAAAAAAAAGAAAUAUAUCCCCGGCUCCCACUCUACUUGUCCCAAUAACUCCAUCCUCACAGUCUCCCCUGCCCAGGACAGAACUGAAACGCAUGAUAUCUAGAGAAUACAGAAGUGGGCUUCUCCCUCUCAGAUGUGAUUUUGAGGAAGGGCCGUACUCAGAUCAUUAAUCAAUGAAGUGCCUUCGCAGACUUUUGCCAGCAAAUGUUACCAUUAUUUUUUAUACUGAAACUCGAGACUUUGACUGUGCCAUGUGUGAGGUAUAUCGGGGAUCGUUGUAUUGAUCCUAAUUGAGUAAAAUUCAAUAUGUCUUUUUAUUUUCAGUAACUUUUAUUCCCUUUAGUUACAGUUUUGUUUGAAAGGGAGGGGGGGAGGUUGACAUUUAUGGCUUUCUCUCCUGUUCC